CGGUCGCGCGAGCCGGGUUAAAAGCACUGCCAGCACGCUCCGCGUGCGUAGUGAAACUGUUCCAGCAUCGAAGCAGCACCAACAGUCGACACCAAGAUGGCCGAGAAGAACUUGACAGCCGUCCUAUACAAGGCCAACGACUUGAGGCUGGAAGAGUGGCCAAUCCCGGAGCCGAAGGAAAAUGAGGUACUUCUACGUAUGGGUUGUGUGAGCAUAUGUGGCUCUGAUGUGCAUUAUCUAACAAAAGGACACAUCGGCAACUUUAUUGUGAAAGAACCAAUGAUCAUUGGUCAUGAAGCAUCUGGAGUUGUUGAAAAGUUGGGGCCUGGAGUAAAGAAUUUGAAAAGGGGUGAUCGUGUUGCCAUUGAACCUGGUGUGCCUUGUCGGACUUGCAACUUCUGCAAGGAGGGACGUUAUAAUCUUUGCCAGAGUAUCUUCUUCUGUGCUACACCACCUGAUCAUGGAAACCUCUCAAGAUUCUAUGUUCAUGCUGCUGAUUUCUGCCACAAGUUACCGGACCAUGUUUCACUUGAGGAAGGUGCACUUCUUGAACCUUUCUCAGUGGGUGUACACGCGUGUCGCCGAGCUGGUGUUUGUCUUGGGUCAAAUGUCCUUGUUCUUGGAGCUGGUCCAGUUGGUCUGCUGACCUUGCUUGCAGCGAAAGCUAUGGGAGCAAGUAAAGUGAUAAUUACAGACAUAGUUGCACACCGUCUGGAAUUAGCUAAGAAAUGUGGAGCAGAUUACACGCUAGUCAUUCCUAAGGGUGCUACAGUGGAACAAGUUGCAGAAAGAAUCAGAGAGCUGCUUGAAACUGAACCACAUAUGACGAUUGAUUGCUGUGGUGUUGACUUCACAGCAAAGCUUGGACUACAGGUUACACGCCCUGGAGGUGUUCAUUGUGUAGUGGGCAUGGGAGCUGAUCAAGUUACUCUUCCAAUGGUGAAUGCAACAUUCCGUGAAGUUGACAUUCGCAAUUGUUUCCGAUAUUGCAAUGACUAUCCAUUGGCCUUGGAACUUGUUGCUUCUGGUAAAGCAAAUGUGAAGCCUCUCAUUACUCACAACUUUACAUUGGAACAAACUCCUCAAGCUUUUGAGACUGCAAUAUCUGGCAGUGGAAAUCCGAUCAAAAUAGUUAUUCACUGCAAUAAACAAGGAUAAGAAAAGACAUUUACACUGAAACCUGUGUUAAUUGUUAUUAUUUUUGCAUAUUGUUCAAUGAUUAAUAAAAUUUUAUUUUUAUUGA